AUGGGGAGGUCUGCGCGCACGGUCCAUGAUGACAUGUGCGGUAGCCUCGCUUCCGUAGCAGAAUUGCACCAGUCGUCUCUCCAACCCGACCACUCUUAUUCCCAACCCGACCACUCAUCUUUUCAACCCGACUACCCGUCUUUCCAACUUGACUAUCCGUCUUUCCAACUUGACUAUCCGUCUUUCCAACUCGACUACUCGGCUUUCCAACUUGACUACUCGACUUUCCAACUCGACUACCCGUCUUUCCAACUCGACUACUCGUCUUCUCAACCUGAUCUGGUGCGCCUGCGGCUUUCCUAA